AUAGGUCCAAAAUUCCAUCUAAAACGUAGAUUUUUAAGAGGGGACUCGUUUCUACAUGGAUUCACAGAAACCAUGUCCGUAAUCUUAUCCUAAGGACUGGAAGUUCCAUUUCUUGCCGCCUGGAAAAGAUGACUGUUGCUUUCCAAUCUACUGGUUCGCCUUGUCUGUAUCCUCUUACCAGUGAAUCUCAACCUUCUCUAAGUUGUAGCAGCAAGGUGUUUGUUGGAUUAAGGUACCAAUCAUCAGGACCUCUUUUUGUUAGAAAAUCCACCUUGGCUGUUGAAUUUCAUGAGAGAGUUCAGCAGAGCCUCAAUUCAAGACUCUCAAACAAGAAAGCAACCCGUGCACGUGUCAGUAUGAUGCCCAUUGGAACACCGAGAGUGCCUUAUAGAACUCCUGGUGAAGGAACUUGGCAGUGGGUUGAUCUAUGGAAUGCUCUUUAUAGGGAGCGGGUGAUAUUCAUUGGGCAACAUAUUGAUGAGGAAUUUAGCAAUCAGAUACUGGCCACAAUGCUUUACCUGGAUAGCAUGGAUUCUUCCAAGAAGAUGUAUUUGUAUAUUAAUGGUCCAGGUGGUGAUCUUACCCCAAGCAUGUCUAUCUAUGACACUAUGCAAAGCUUGCAAAGCCCCAUUGGAACGCAGUGUGUGGGCUAUGCUUAUAACCUUGCAGCAUUUCUUCUUGCAGCGGGAGACAAGGGAAGCCGUCUUGCCAUGCCCCUUUCAAGGAUGGCAUUGCAGUCCCCUGCUGGGGCAGCUCGUGGUCAGGCUGAUGAUAUUAAGAAUGAGGCUGAUGAGCUAUUGAGAAUUAGAGAUUACUUGUUUCACGAGUUAUCUUUGAAAACUGGACAGCCUAUUGAAAAAAUUAACAAAGAUCUUAGUCGGAUGAAGCGUUUUACCUCUCAAGAAGCCCUGGAAUAUGGUCUCAUUGAUCGCAUAUUGAGGCCGCCACGUGUAAAGGCUGAUGCACCACGCAAGGAGCAGGCUGGGUCAGGCCUUGGAUAAAAUCCUUUUGACUUGACUCUGUAAAAGUAUGUUCCUUAUAUCACUUGUCCAUUACCCAUUUCUAUUAAGAAGAGAUCACAUUUUGGUUGAAAAUGAUGUGUGAAAAUUGAGCAGCAAUUUGGUUCAGUGUUGGAAAGUAAAGAAAAAGGCCAGUUUCAAAAAGGAAAAGGUCUUGGAGAAGGUUAAACAUUUGUAGUUAAUUCAAGAAUUUCAAUGGGUCAUGGAGAAGGUUAAGCAUUUUUACUUAAUUCAAGAACUUCACCUGAUUCUUUGAAAGAGGAAUUUAAAAGCUGAUAUUUCAAA